GUCGACCUACGCGAUAUCUGCUUGACCUUCCCGUCAAAUUCAAAGAACAUGGCGAAAGCAAGGAAGAAGAAGAGGACUCAUGCCCCCAAUGACGACGCUCCAGGAAAGCCUGGACAAGGCAAUCGCAGGCCAAAAAGCAUGGUCAUUCGCAUGGGCGCCGGUGACAUUGGUCCCAGCGUUACUCAACUGGCUAAAGACUUCCGAGCCGUGAUGGAACCAGACACUGCGAGUAGGCUGAAGGAACGAAGAGCAAACAAGCUGAAAGACUACACAGCCAUGGCAGGCCCUCUCGGAGUCACACAUCUUUUCCUGUUCUCGCGCUCGAAAGCCGGCAAUGUCCACCUCAGAGUCGCUACCACCCCUCGUGGCCCGACGCUGACGUUUCGGGUCCAACGGUACGCCCUAAGUAAAGACAUAGCAAAAGCGCAGAGACACCCAAGAGGAGGGGGAAAGGAAUUUCUGAAUGCGCCUCUGCUCGUCAUGAAUAACUUCACAUCACAGCCUACAGGAGAUGCGAACGCAGACCCAAUCAAAAAGCAGCUCGAGUCGUUGACGACCACGAUUUUCCAGUCCAUGUUUCCGCCCAUAAGCCCGCAGGCCACACCUCUCAACUCCAUAAAACGAAUACUUCUACUCAAUCGCGAGACACAGACAGAUGGAUCAUACAUCAUUAGUCUCCGACAUUAUGCGAUCACUACUCGACGGACAGGCGUUUCAAGACGAGUGCGCAGGUUUGAUCCGAGCGAGCAACGACACAGAGAGAAGAAGACGGGCGCUCUACCGAAUCUAGGGAAGCUGGAGGAUGUGGCUGAUUAUAUUCUCGAUCCUGCUUCUGGCGGAUAUACCUCGGCAAGCGAGACUGAGCUCGACACGGAUGCGGAAGUCGAAGUGACGCAGACAACCACACAACGAGUCUUGAGUAAGCGCGAACAACAGAAACAGCAGAAUGGAGAAAAGGACAAGAAAAAGGAUUUAGAACAAGGCUCGGGCGUGGAGAAGAGAGCCGUCAAAUUGGUGGAGCUCGGCCCACGCCUGCGCCUGCGCUUGGUCAAAGUGGAGGAAGGCGUCUGUGAAGGACGCGUGAUGUGGAACGAGUUUGUGACGAAGACCAAAGGCGAGGAGAAAGAGCUGGAAGAGAAGUGGGAGAAGAGGCGUAAGGAGAAAGAAGAGCGCAAGAAAGAGCAACGUGAGAAUGUCGAGCGUAAGAGGCAGCUGAAGAAGAACACCAAAGCAAAUGCUGGCCAGGCGGGAGAAGGAGAGGACGAGGACGAAGAAGAGGAGUGGGAUAGUGAUGAGCUAGAAGCCUGGGAUGAUCUGGAUGAUGUCAACGGUUCACAGGGCAAUGCAGGUGAAGACAUGGACGAGGACGAGGACGAAGACAUGGAGGAUUGAAACCCGCCAUAUCUCGAUUGAAAGAGUCUCCUUCAUGAGACAACUCCGCUAUACUGAAAAUCGAGAAAAAGGGCCACCUUUAGACUUCCACCCACAGAAGUCAGCUUCAGCGGUGAUUACGGCUACUAGCACCGGGCUCAAGCCCGCUUGGGUCACACUUGACCAUGACCGAGCUAACAUUGCGAGGCAGCUCCGUUCUGGAAGGCUUUCAGGGUCACUGCCUGGAAAUGAUUACCUGAUGAAGAGCAGCCUUCCUUCUGAAUACGACACGGCGAUCGCAUGCGCAGCUCGCGUCUUAUGUAUAUCUUCCAAGAUGAAGAGGCUAUGCUAAUGGUCAGGAGAAAGUUUUGAAAAUGCCAUUACGGUCAGCAAUAGUU